CUCGUGAUUGGCCAUUGCCUCUCCCAGCUCUGCUGUUCUCUUGGUCAUGGGAACAAGAUGGACUUGCCCUGGACCUCCCCUACUUGUGCUCCUCUAUUGUGGACAGCUCUUGUCAUGGCUCAGGACUGUGGGAGAGCCAAGCUUAGAUGAGUUCUACAAUGAAACUCAAGCAAAGAUGUUCCUGCAGUUUUAUGAACAAACAGCCCAAGUUGUGUUGAGCGAGUUCAUGGAGGCCACUUGGAACUAUGUCACCAAUAUCACCAGGCAAAAUCGAGAGAACAUGCUGCAGAAGGAGGUGGAAAGGUCUCAGUUCAUGUUGUACUUUGGUACCCGAGCCCGCUUGUUUAAGACAGACCAAUUCCAGGACCCGGAAGUGAAGCGCAUGCUGAGUAAGCUGCAGAACGUAGACAAGUCGGCCUUGCCCACGGAGGAGCUUCGGGAGUACAACAGACUUCUGACCUACAUGGAGACAACAUAUAGUACAGCUGAAGUGUGCCUGAAUGAGGGUCCCUGCUUGUCUCUGGAGCCUGACCUUGAAGAAAUCAUGGCUACCUCCAGGGACCAGAAGGAGCUCCUAUGGGCCUGGCAGGGCUGGCGGGAUGCCGUGGGUCGCCAGAUUCGUCCUAUCUUUGAGUACUAUGUACAGCUCAGCAACGAGGCUGCACAAUAUAAUGGGUACGAAAACAUGGGGGCUUUGUGGAGGUCCAAGUACGAGUCUGAGACCUUUGAGCAGGACCUGGAGCAGCUCUAUGAGGAGCUGCAACCGCUCUACCUGAACCUGCAUGCCUAUGUGCGCCGCUCACUGUACCAAUACUAUGGGCCUGAGCUCAUCAACCUGCGGGGGCCCAUCCCUGCCCACCUCCUGGGGAACAUGUGGGCUCAGUCGUGGGAAAACAUCCUAGACCUGGUCCUGCCCUACCCAAAAAAGCCACCGGAGGAUAUCACAAAGAUCAUGAAGAGUCAGCACUGGAAGCCUGAAAAAAUGUUUCAUGAGGCUGACAUCUUCUUUACCUCUAUGGGACUACUCCCUGUCCCACCUGACUUCUGGAUAAAAUCAAUGCUGGAGAGGCCAGUUGACGGGCGGGAUGUGGAGUGCCAUGCCUCAUCCUGGAAAUUCUACAGACCUGACGACGUCAGGGUAAAGAAGUGCACCGAGGUGACCAUAGAAGACCUGCUCUCCAUCUUCCACCAGAUGGGCCAUAUCCAGUACUACUUGCAGUUCCAGAACCUCUCUAUAAUCUACCAAGAAGGGGCCAGCCCAGCCUUUGAAGAGGCUGUGGGCUCAGUGAUCACCCUCUCGGCCUCUUCCCACAAGCACCUGAUCACCAGAGGUCUGCUCGGACAACAGUACCUGGAUGCAGAGGAGGAGGUCAACUACCUGUUGAGCAUGGCCUUGGAGAAGAUUGCCUUCAUCCCGUUCAGCUACAUGGUAGAUGCGUUUCGUUGGAAGGUCUUUGAUGGCACGAUUACGAAGACCGUCUACAACCAGGAGUGGUGGAACUUCAGGUUGAAGUACCAGGGCCUGUGCCCACCUAUUCCUCGGUCAGAAGAUGAUUUUGACCCAGGGGCCAAGUUCCACAUUCCUGCCAGCGUGCCCUAUGUCCGGUACUUCCUUAGCCUAGUACUCCAGUUUCAACUUCAUGAAGCACUGUGCAGGGCCGCAGGCCACGUGGGCCCUCUGCACCGGUGUGAUAUUUUUAACUCCAAGGUGGCCGGGAAGAUGCUAGGGGAUGUCCUGAAGCUGGGCUCCAGCCGGCCUUGGCAGGAGGUCCUAAUGGAGAUGACUGGAGAGCCCAGUAUAUCCACCGAGGCCAUGUUGUCUUACUUCAAGCCACUGCUGACCUGGCUGGUGAAUGAGAACGUGCAGCAGGGGGACAUCCUCGGCUGGCCAGACUUCAGCUGUUCUUUUGAAGAAAAAACCACAACCAGAAAAGUGUCAUUCCUGGGUAUGCAGCUGGUGCCUGACCGGGCACAGCUUGGCCAGUGGGUGCUGCUAAGCAUUUGUUUGGUCAUGCUUCUCUUCAUCCUGGGGCUGGGCUGUAGGCUGCACUACUUGGAAAAACAGUCACUGGACAAGGAUACUCUGAUCCUCACCACCCUGCCUUACACCUACUUCCUGGGCAUAGCCAUGAAACCCCAUCAGGCAGCCCAAAAGCAGUGGAUCCUGCUGAGCCUCUGCUUCAGCCUUAUUCUGUGCUCCAUUGGCCUGCUCAUUUGGAUUCUCACACAACACCAGAGGAAGCCUCCAUGGAUGACAACUGAGUCACAGAGCUGGGAGUACCCAUCAUAGAGACUGCCAGCCUGCUCCCCACAUUCAGGGACAGCCAAGACACCUCUGCCCCCCAGGAGGCCACGCCUAGCAGCCCUCCCAUCUCUCAGCCACUGUGGCCGAGGUCCCCCACCAGGUAUUGUGACUCUGUGUGGCACAGGCACAUCCAGCCCAGGACUCCAUGCCUCCCACCUGGACUACAGCAGAAGCCUCACUGAGCCUCCUUGGCCAUCUACCCUCCCCCAUCCACUUUGUAAAAUUUAUUUCUGCCAGAAUAUUUGCUUCAAAUGUCUCUUCAAAUUUCCUUCCGAACAUCAAACUGCUCAAGAACUCAGCUGUCCGUCAAUUAAAUCUGGAUGUUCAAAUUAG